UCCGCCUUCCGGUCGACUUUACUAAUGGGUGUCAUGUGCACCUCUACUGGUCAAAAUGAAGCUCGGCGUCUAUAUAUCUGGUGAUAUGUUGCAGUCGGUACUCAUGGAGUUUCGCACCCCAUAGGUAGUCACCAUCUUAGCCACCUUGCUCAUAAUGAGAGCGUCCAUUCAUUACUUAGUUGCCGCACUGGUUGCGAGCGUGAGCGCAAAAGACGAAGGAACGUACGCCGUCCUACGAUUCAACAAUGAAGCCGGCCAAUUCUCCACCCAGGGGCAAAUGGACCCUAUUGUCAGUCCUGGAGUUAAGUCAGCGCAUAUGCACGGCAUAAUGGGAGGAAGCAACUUCAACCUCAUAGUCACCGGAGAUCAACUGUUGAAAUCUAAAUGUACCAACGCCAAAAUUGCCAAUGACAAGAGCAACUAUUGGGUACCUACUCUAUGGUUUCAGUCUCCUGCCAAUCAGACUCUUAAGAAGGUUCCUCUGUAUUACAUGAAUGCUUACUAUAAGUUCGAUGCUACUAACGACGAGAUCAAGGCUUUCCCACCAGGCCUCAAGAUUGUUAGUGGUAAUGCCACGAGAAGAAACCCGCCAGCUACAGGCGCCUUCCAGCUCGACCCGACUAAAGGAGAGAUACAGCCAGUCCAAUGGACCUGCCCCACUCAAGACAACAGCGUUGCGCGAUACCCACCCAAUUCCGACGGCACUAAAGCGGGACUGCCCGACCCGGGGAACCUCGGCAGUGGGGCCGGGUUUCCGGUAGUCAACUGCGAUGGGUACUCUUCACCCCUGAGACAGGAUAUCCACAUGCCAUCUUGCUACAACCCGGAAGCCGGGCUGAACGACUACAAGAAUAACAUGGCGUGGCCGACUCCGACAAGCGACGGAAAAGCAGAAUGCCCCAAAGGCUGGACGCAUGUCCCUCACUUAUUCAUUGAGGUCUACUAUGACACGCCUCAAUUUCAAAACGACUGGGAUGUAAACGGAAAGACCCAGCCGUUCGUAUUAUCAAACGGCGACAGGACCGGUUAUAGCUCGCAUGCGGACUUCAUUUCGGGCUGGGACGAAAACACUCUUCAAACGAUCAUCGAUGGGUGCAAUGCCGGAUUUGAUGGCAUGGACAAAUGCCCAGAUAUACCAGGAGGGCUCAACACCGAGACUUGCCAGAUGGAUUCCGCGUUUCCUGGUCCAACUGCUGAUUGGGUUAAGCAGCUUCCAGGUGACAAUCCUUUGUCUGGUUGGGGAGUGUAG